AUGCCACUACUGCCAGAGCGCCACGCACAUGGUGGCCCAGUGUCCGCACAAGGCUUUAGCGCCCCCCUCAGGAUGUGCGGAGGCGCAGCACCUGGGCGCUCCAGAGGAGGAGGAGGGCUCGGGCUCCUCCCCCCGCGACGCCUCCUCUUCGUCCCCAGAGGAGGCCCCUGCGGCGAGGGCCCUGCGCUCACGACGCUGGAGGAAGUGCUGAAGAAGAACCAACGUCUGCAACAAGCAUCAUCUACCUCGCCCAAGCCACGGGAGGAUCGGGGGGACCGCGACACCGGGGGGACCGCGACACACCGCGACACCGGGGGGACCGCGACACCGCACCUCAGAACCUAA